AUCACGUUCUAUACAGUGUAAUGCAAAACAAAAAAUUUGCGACUCAACUUAAUGUCCUGCUGAUUAUGUAAAUACUAAAAACCUUAAGAUUAUCGACGAAGUUUGUCUUUGGAAGCAAAAAAUAGCUAUGUUGCACAGAUGCAACAACGUGCACGACGGUGUUUUUUCUUCGUAGAGCAGACACAAUGGACCCCAAACGGUUUUACAGCCGUGGAAUUCCUUCCGACAGUGAGGACAGCGAGCUCUCCGGCAGUGACGAUGACUCUGAUUAUGUCCAACCCCCUGCAAAAUGUAGUGCCAGUUCAAGCGAGGCGAGUACAAGCUCUGACGAAGAGGAAGCUCCCGCAAGCCAACCAGCUGAUCAGUCAUCAACUCAAUCUAAGAGAAGAAUUAUCUGGAAGAAUGCAAGCCUGAUGCGGGAUCCUGAAACAGUGAAGUUCACUGGACAAAAUGAGCUUCCGCAGGAAGUUUCAGAGUUGGAAACACCUUUCCAAUACUUCAAGUUCAUCUUUCCAGGCGCUCUUAUUUCGCUUAUUGCAAAUGAGAGCAAUUUGUACUCAGUCCAGAAGGAUGCCAGUAAGCCCCUCUGCACCAGUGCCGAGGAGAUUGAAGUUUUUCUAGGCACCUGCAUGUGGAUGUCUAUAAUUCAGCUGAAGAACACUAGGUGGUACUGGAGUGAAGCUACCAGAGUAAGCCAAGUAGCUGACCACCUCACGGUGACACGCUUCGAACAGUUGAAGCACAACCUUCACUUUGUGGACAACAGCUCUCUCGGCCCAAGAGAUGAUCCUGAUAGAGACCGGCUUGCAAAGAUACGACCGCUCGUCGAUGCUGUAAAUGAACAGUUGUCGCUGAUACCGCUUGAAGAGCACUUGUCUGUGGAUGAACAGAUUAUACCUUUCAAAGGCGCAAGUGCACUGAAACAGUACUGUCCCCAGAAACCAAAAAAAUGGGGGUACAAAGUAUUUGUUCUCUCAGGAGUAAGUGGCUUCUCGUACAAGCUAGAACUGUACACGGGACAAGAAUUCUGCCCCAAGACGUGCAGGAGAGCCUGA